AUGGACUCGUCAUCAGGCAGCAGCAGUUCGAGUCCCGAGGGUCCCGUUACGACGACGCUGGUUCCUCACGAUCUCCCGGAAUUGUUAGAGGGCUUGUCCAAGGACGAACUCGCUGCUCUCGAGAAGAAACUGAUCAGGAGACUGGACACGAGGAUGCUGCCCACGAUGAUUCUGAUGUACAUCAUGAAUUACCUCGACAGAAACGCGAUCGGAGCAGCUAGGCUAGGUGGGCUGGAAGAGGAAUUAGGGUUGACAGGGAGCCAGUUCCAGACCUGCGUCUCCAUCCUAUUCGUUGGAUACAUACUCAUGCAGGUCCCUUCCAACAUGCUGCUGAACAAGAUCGGUCGUCCUGCCUUGUAUCUGACAGGCUGCAUGGCCGUCUGGGGUGUACUUUGUGCCUGCAGCGGCGCGACGACCAACUACGCCGGGCUCUUGGUGACGCGAUUCCUGCUUGGGUUCGUCCAAGCUGCGUUCUAUCCAGGUGAGUCCGACGAUCCAACGGGCACCAAGUCCAACUUUGGGAAAAAACGAGACAGUCCCCCCCAUAACAUCAUGGCGCGGACAGGUUGCAUAGCCACGCUCAGCUCCUGGUACGUCCGCAAAGAGCUCGGCCUCCGCACCGGCCUGUUCUACACCGGCUCCAUGCUCUCGGGCGCCUUCUCGGGGCUCCUCGCCGCGGGGAUCUUGAGCGGCAUGGACGGCACGCUCGGCCUGCUGGCGUGGCGCUGGAUUUUCAUCACAGAAGGCACCCUCACCGUCGUCAUCGCCCUCGGCGCCCUCUUCGUCCUCCCGGACUUCCCGGCCAACACCAGGUGGCUGACGGAGCAGGAGCGGCAGCUGGCCGUGUGGCGUUUGGAGAUCGACGCCGCGGGCGAGGAGGACUGGACGGGCUCGUCGUCGUCAUCGCAGCCGCUCUUCGACGGAUUCCGGAUGCUCGUCGUCGACCCGGUCAACUGGAUCCUCGUGCUCGUCGUCUACGGCGCCGCGUCGUCCAUCUCCAUCAACAGCUUCUUCCCGACCAUCGUCGGCGGCCUCGGCAGGGACCGCAUCGCGACGCUGCUGCUCACCUCUCCCCCCUACCUGCUGGCCUGCUUCGUGUGCGCGGCCGUCUCGUGGAACGCGGGCCGGACGGGAGAGCGGUACUGGCACACCGUCGGCCCGCUGGCCUGCGCGCUCGUCGGGUUCGUCGUGUCGAGCGCGGCGACGGGGGUGGCGCCGCGGUACCUAGGCGCCAUGGUCAUGCUGCCCGGCAUCUACACGGGCUUCAACAUGUCCAUGUUCUGGACCGCCAACACCAUCUACCGCCCGGCCGCCAAGCGCGCCGCCGCCGUGGCCUUCAACAACGCCGUGUCCACGCUGUCGAGCAUCUACGGCUCCUACCUGUACCCCAGCCACGCGGCGCCCCGGUUCGUGCUGGCGUUCAGCGUCAACGCCGGCAUGGCGUUCAUGGCGAUUGUGGCAUCGACGGCCUUGCACUUUGUGUUGAAGGGGGAGAAUCGGAAGCUGGCGUUGAGGGAUCAAGAGGCGGAGACUGACGGCCGGACGGUCCUGGUGGGAAAGGGAUUCAGAUACUUGGUUUAG